AUGCUGAUUGGUGCAAAAGAUUGGGUACAUUAAGUAGAUGAAUUUAUUACAGGGCCUCCUCAAAUUGAUGAUUCUCUCUCUUCUCUUCUGACAGGCUUCGAUGGAUGCCGAUUCAUCACCAUCCUCCUGCAGGGGGUUGAUGGCAGGGGAUGAAGACAAUUGUGUGCCACAUCAAGAUAACCCUCUUCUCUUUCUCGCUCUAGAAGGAGACCAAGUUAGAAGAACAUGGAAUUUUAGACCCAUGUAGAGAGAUAAGCAAUUUUUUUUUUUGUGAGAGAUAAAAUUACCCUUUUGGUAUUUUACUACAAUAAUAAAUAAAUUUAUGUUGUAUAUGCCUAUUAAGGAUAUGCAACGAGGUCAAGGAUUAUAAUUAUGAAGAAAUGAGCUCGUAGGUCAUUCCAGUGCUGGCGUCACAUGGUUUGUGGGAUGAGCCCUCAAUCCAACAACUUGGGCUAUUACAAUGACCAGAGAGGAGGGGAGCUAUAA